AUGGACAAGGACAAGCUCGCUCAGCUGCUGCAGGCCAGCCAAGUUCGUAAGUCGCUCUUUGCCGCGAAGAUAGAGAGGAGCACCAACACGGAACAGGUCAAGGCCGUCACGGCCGAUCUCCAGAAGAACUACUACUCCAAGCCCGAGUCUCUUCUCGCGCUCAUCGAGAUCGCCCUUACACAUGGAGACAGUGCUGUGCGCCAGCUGGCCUCCGUCCAGGCCCUGCGCCUGGUGUCCAAGUUCUGGAGCGCCACCCCCCAGGACCAGAAGCCUCUUGUGCGCUCACACCUGCUCGAGGGCACUCUGAAGGAGACGUCUGCUGCCAACCGCCACUCCCUGGCGCGCCUGGUUGCUGGCAUCGUCGGCGAAGACAUGGAGUCUGGCGAUGGCGAGGACUUCCUGAAGCAGCUGCUGCCCCUCAACACCAGCGACAACGUCGUGCACCGCGAGGUCGGCUCUUUCGUCCUUUAUGCCAUGCUCGAGGACGACCCUUCGCACUUCAGCGACCACACCGACCAGCUCCUGCAGCUGUUCCAGUCGCGCAUCAACGACGACAGCAAGGAGGUCCGCAUGAACAUUGUCCGCGCCAUUGGUGCCAUCCUCAUGCUCGUUGACCCCGAGGAGGACCCCCAGGCCCUCAAGACCAUGCAGGGCUUCGUCCCCAGCCUGGUCAACAUCCUCAAGGCUACCGUUGAGGCUGGCGACGAGGAGAGCUACGGCACCGUCUUUGACGUGUUCCACUCUUUCAUCGCCUACGACUCUGCCCUUCUGGCCCUCCACCUGCGCGACCUGCUCAUGUUCAUGAUUGAGCUGGCCGGCAACACCAACGCCGAGGAUGAUCCUCGUUCCCAGGCUCUUGGCUUCCUCAUCCAGACCGUUUCUUUCCGUCGCAUGAAGAUUCAGGCCAUGAAGGAUGUUGGCGCCGAGCUCAUGGUCAAGGCCAUGCACAUUGUCAUCGACCUGGACUCUGAUGAUGAGGAGGACAUGUCGCCCGCCCGAGUCGCCAUCAGCCUCAUUGACCAGCUGGCCAACGAGCUGCCACCUCGCCAGGUUAUUGUGCCUCUCCUUGAGCAGUUCCCCAUCUUUGCCACCCACCAGGACCCCCGUUACCGCAUGGCUGCGAUGCUGGCCCUGGGCAACGCUGCCGAGGGCGCUCCUGACUUCAUCUCCACCCAACUCCAGCCUCUCCUCCCCACCAUCAUCAACCUGCUGUGCGACCCCGAGCUCAAGGUCAGACACGCUGCCCUUGUUGGCCUCAUCCACCUCGCUGAGGAGAUGGCCGAUGAGAUGGCGUCUCACCACCAGCAGAUCAUCGAGGCUGUUCUGAAGAACCUCGAAUCUGCUUCCCAGGGUCCUUCUGACAAGACCAACAUCAGCAUCAUCCGCUGCGCCUGCGGUGCCCUUGACACCUUUGGCGACGGCAUUGACACCAAGAUCAUGGCUCAGUACGGCCCUACCCUGAUUGGUCCCAUGGUCAAGCUGCUUGAUCACGAGGACUAUGGCGUCAAGGCCGCUGCUGCCUCUGCCCUCGGUGCCAUCGCCGCCUCCAUGGAGAAGGACUUCCAGCCCUACUUCGAGAACGUCAUGAAGUCUCUUGGCAACUUCGUCAUGAUCAAGGACAGCGAGGACGCCAUGAACCUGAGAAGCUCCACCUGCGACAGCCUGGGUCGCAUUGCCCUGGCUGUUGGCCCCGAGGCCUUCCAGCCCUAUGUCAUGGACCUCAUGAAGGCCAGCGAGGAGGCCCUCAGCCUGGACAACCCCAGACUCAAGGAGACGAGCUUCAUCCUCUGGUCCAACCUGUCCAAGGUCUACCACGAGCAGUUUGAGCACUUCCUUGACGGUGUCUUCAAGGGCAUCUUUUCUUCUCUGGAACUGGAGGACGAGGAGCUCGACAUUCCCGGCAUCGACCCCAGCCAGCUCGAGGACGGCCACCUCAUCGUCGGAGGCAAGCGCAUCAAGGUCAAGACUCCCAACGCGGAGGACGUUGACAUUGCUGACGGCGAGGACGACUGGGAUGACAUUGAGGACCUCGCCGACCUCGCCGGUGGCACCACCGCCGUUGCCAUGGAGCAGGAGAUUGCCCUUGACGUCCUCGGCGAUGUCAUUUCCAACUCUUGCAACAUGAACAACCUCGAGACCUAUGUCGAGAAGACCAUUGAGAAGGUCGUGCCCUUCACCGACCACGACUACGAGGGCUGCCGCAAGACUGCCAUCUCCACUCUCUGGCGAAUGUAUGCUCGCGUCUUCCAGGUCUGGGAGGAGAGUGCUGGCGUUAAAUGGCAGGCCGGUCUCCCUCCCAACCCCGCCCCCCCUGCGUCCAUUGUCAAGAUUGGCCAGACCCUUCACGAGUCUACCAUGACUAUUUGGGCCAACGACAGCGAUCGGUCUGUUGUCACUGACAUCAACCGCAACGUUGCCGCCACUCUCAAGGCCUGCGGUCCCGCCGUUUUGGCCUCCAAGGAUGGCAUGCUGCAGGAGAUUGUCUCAGUCGUCACUCUCCUCAUCACGCGCUCUCACCCUUGCCAGCUGGACCUUGGCGACGAGGACGAGGAGCAGGAGGUCGAGGACGCCGGAUCCUCCGAGUACGACUGGCUGGCCAUUGACACCGCUCUGGAUGUCGUUGUUGGCCUUGCUGCCGCUCUGGGCCGCGACUUUGGCGAGCUGUGGAAGAUCUUUGAGAAGGCCAUCUACAAGAUGGCGAGCUCGACCGAGGAUCUGCAGCGCUCAACCGCCAUCGGCACCAUCGCCGAGGUCAUCAAGUACACCGGCGAGGCUAUUACCCCCUACACCGAGUCUAUUGGCCAGGCCUUGAUGCGACGUCUCUCGGACCCUGACGCCCUGACCAAGUCCAACGCCGCGUACGCUGUUGGUCUGCUGGUGUACCACUCAUCGGACACUGCCAAGACUGUGCCCAUCUACCCCCAGCUGUGGGAGAAGCUCGAGCCCAUGUUGGCCAUCCAGGAAAUGCGUAUUACGGAUAACGUUGCUGGUGCCCUGUCUCGCAUGAUGAUCAAGCACGCCGACGCUGGAUUCGUCGCUCAGGCUCUCCCUGCGAUCGUCAGCAACCUGCCUCUGCAGGAGGAGUAUGAGGAGAACGAGCCAAUCUACCAGUGCAUCCACGCCCUCUACAAUCAAUCCAACGAGACCGUCCAGCAGCUGACCCCCCAGCUGCUUGGCAUCUUCGAGAAGGUCCUCUCACCCCCUCAGGAGCAGCUCGAGCCCGAGACGCGCCAGCUCCUGUGCCGCACAGUGCAGGCCCUGUACGGAGCCAAGCCGGAGCUGUUUGCCAACCACCCCAACCUGCUGCAGCUGGCCAGUGCUUCUCAGUAA